UGUGUGUGUGUGUGUGUGUGUGUGUGUGAUGAUGUGCAACGCUAUUCUUCUGCGUGUGUGUCUGGCGGCGGUGGUGUGUGUGUCCUCCACACGGGCGUCUUAUCCAGACAGCAGAGAGUGCACACCGGAGCAGAGCUGUGCAGGUCUAGCUGAGCAGAAGAGUGAUCUGCACGUGUGUGAUGACUCCACGUGUCGAUAUGGAGGGCUGUGCCAGGAAGACGGAGGUCAACUGAAGUGUGUGUGUCAGUUCCAGUGUCCCAGUAGCUUUGCUCCAGUGUGUGGCUCUAACGGAGACUCCUAUCAGAGCGAAUGCUUCCUGCAACAAGCCUCCUGCACACACCAGACCCCAAUCACCAUGACGACACAGGGACCCUGCCUUACUGAUGAAGGCUCUGGGUCAGGGGAUCAAGAGUUGGAGAGCUCUGGUGAUGACCUCAGCAGCAGAUCCAGCAAAUGCAGCUCAUGCAGAUAUGGAGCCGACUGUGAUGUAGACUCAGAGGAUAUCUGGUGUGUUUGUAACAUUGACUGCAGUGGUCACCAUGAGAACGAGGUGUGUGGGAGCGACGGCCGUUCCUAUAGCAACCCCUGUGUCCUGAGAGAAGCAUCCUGCAUGAAACAGGAGCAGAUCGACAUCAGACACCUGGGCACCUGCACAGGCAGGAGAGAAGAUGGUGGCUCUUUUAAACCUGACCUUGCUGGUUUAGGUGUUGCCAUGGUAGAGGUGCAUUCUGGGAUACAGUGUGAGGAACACCUCAGAGAUCUGUGUGUCCACGGAACCUGUGAGAUGAAGAACAACACAGCAGUCUGCAGGUGUGAGGCAGGGUUCUACGGCGCGCGGUGUGAGAGUGUGAGCGUGCUCUACGUGGUUCGUGUGAGGCAGGGUUCUACGGCGCGCCCGGUGUGA